GCUCUCCACUCAAGGCAUCAGACUUCUCUCGUAUUUUUUUUUGUACUUUUACUAAUAUAUUUUAGAAUAUUCAUUUAAUUGUUAUGCAAUUUUUAUAAUGCUUUGCCAUACGUAAUGUACUCAAAACGUAAUUUCUUAUUUAGUGUUUAUCAUUAGUGAAUAUAAGGGCGUACUGACCUAACGCCGAUUAACUUUGUACGGCACGAAUCAAAUGGAUAUCGCACUAACUGAAGCGAUGAAAAAUAUAGUUCCUAAAGGACUUCCGGCUGACAUUAAUUCGGCGUUUAGCGGCUAUGUGACGGAAAAACUGUACAUGUUGCUCCAACUGUAUCUACAAAAUAAAGGAUGGAACAGCAUUGAAUUGUUGAAAAUAUUCUCUGAAAUGAAAGAUUCAUCUGUACUACCUAGCGCUUCCUACUUGCAAAUGAUGGCUUCGAGAGUGUCAUUAGAUAGCCAAGCAAGAUUAAUCCUUCGUGAGAAUGGUAAAAUUAUUUUACCAUAUGAACAUUUUGCAAAUGCGGUAAUGUUAAAGCAUAUGAAUGGUCCACAUGGUUUACAUUUGGGUGUCGAGGGAACUGUUCGAGCGGUUAUGGAUUCAUAUACAAUUGGUCGUGAGAACUUUGGUAUGGAAAAAGAGUUUAUUAUUGAAGUUGUUCAAAACUGUCCAAACCCAGCAUGUCGCUAUUACAAGACUCAAUUAGAUUUAUCUCAACAUACUAAACAGUCAAAUUAUAUGAACUCAUCGAAUUCUGGAAUAAAUAUUCCAGUUGGUCGUGAAAGUCCAAGUAUAUCAAUGAGUCAAAUGAUUAGUCAGCAAUUAAGUGCUCAUGGUUUGGCACCUUCUAGUACUCAACCCCAACAAUCACAUUCAGCUCCUGUUGAUUUAACUGGACCAUCUCCACAUCCAGCUCCUGAAAUACCGAAUCCAAUGCCUAUACAGGUACCGCAGGUUCCAAAAACUGUAAGUGCUCGACAAGCACAGCACAAUAAGUUGGCAGAUUUUUUAAAGGCCAACCUUGAAAAUCUAGACAAUAAAGAUCUAAUGGCUGCUCAUGACACAACUUGGCCUGAGGUUUCAGACAACCGUAAAGGUCAUUUAGAUGCUGGUCAAGAAAAAAUUAUCAGAGCAUUUUCAGAAAUAAUGAAAAAUAUGAAUAGAAUGAAAGCAUGCGUGAGACCAGCCAUGUGUAAGCCUUAUGGAAAACAAUCAGAAUCAUUACAAAAAACUUUGAUUGAUACAAUUCAACUUGUUCAGUCACUAAGAUCGUUUCUUCCUCCACCACAUAUUGCUGUUAGUAGCUGGAAAAAUGAAGAUAAGCAUGGAUUAAGGAAAACUGUUUUAGACAAUUCUAAUCAAACAGUUUCAGCUGCCAAUUUUAAAGAUCUCUGUGACGCAAUGUCUCGUAACAAGCAAAAUUAAGAGCUUGUAUUAAACUCGCAAAAAGUAAAAAAUUUUCAACUAUUUUUAUCAACUUUCAAAAAUCACGUUGCUUUUAUUUUAUUUUUACGUCUAGUCAAAAUUCCCUUUUUUCCCCAAAAUUAAUGGGAAUGUCUGUUUGUUUACUUGGAGGGAUCUUACCAUUUUAUUAAAAUUAAAUCUUAUUAAUGUCUCCUUAUGAGUGUCUUCUAGUUUGAGGUUUUUACCUAUAUUUAUUUAUUUUAAAUUUAACAUCUUGUUCAAUUAUUAUAAUUCAGCAACUAUUAAUUUAUUUUUUGUAUACAUGUUGUCAGCAUGAUAUCAAAGUGUAUGUUGCCAAAUGUUUAUGUUUUGUUUAGUUUCAAAACAUUUCAUGCCAUAAUAGUAACCUAAGUAUACAUUAAAAAACUAAUUCAUUUUUUGAUUACGAUUACAUAAUUUACUAAUUAUCUAAUUAUUAUAAGUAAACGCUUAUUUUAAUAAUAAUACAUUGACUGUUUAAUGUUUAUGUUGUAUCAAUAUUUUUUAAAUUUAUUUUAGUUGCCAAUUAAUUUAACCUGUAAGCACUUCCGCAUUCAUUUAUUAUCUCCCGAGUUUUUAAUAUUAUUUUUUUGACAAGAAAUAUUUAGCUUUUAAUUUAAUUUGGUACCAAAUUAGUAAUUUAUAUUUACAGUAGUCUUACACAGGGUGCCCCAUGAGGAUAUACCAAUAAGCCAUUGAGGUUAGGUCGAGGGGGCCUCGAAAAACCGGGUUUUUGACAAUUUAACUUUAAACUAAAAAAAUGAUUAAGACUCAUGAAAUUGAUGAAAAUAAAAUUAAUUUUUUAACUUUUUCACCAAAAAAUUAAAUAUAAAGAGCCCUUGUAUCUUUGGGACUAAUAAAAAAAACAGAUUUAUGAUAUAUUGGUUAUCAUAGGAGAUAUUUCAAUGGUUAAUAUCCUGUAUACACCUGGACACCCUGUAUAUAUGCAAUAUUGUUUGAACUAUUUUUAAUUUUUGUAUCUAAAGCUAUGAAUAUAUACAUUCUUGUUUUAACCCUUUGAAGAAUUUAAUAGACAGCAAUAAUAAUGAUAGAGUUUUUGUUUCAUAAGUAAUAGUGGAAU